GGUACAGUACCAAGUCGUAAACGGUUGGAAACAGUAUGCAGGCACUAGCCCUCUUGCUAGCCACUUUGUUGGUCGGUUCUACCUCAUCUCUGGACUGGUGGGAAAAUGGUAACUUCUAUCAGGUCUAUCCACGUUCGUUCAAAGACUCCGAUGGCGACGGUAUUGGUGAUCUGAAUGGAAUCACUCAAAAAUUGCACUACCUGAAGGAAAUUGGUAUGGACGGAGUUUGGCUAUCGCCGAUUUUCGCCUCGCCAAUGCGUGACUUUGGCUAUGAUAUUUCCAGCUUUUAUACCAUUAACCCGGAGUAUGGUGACCUGAACGCAUUCGACCGGCUAGUGAAUCAAUGCAAAGCCCUUGGUCUGCGACUAAUUCUAGACUUUGUUCCAAACCACACCAGCGACGAGCACGAGUUCUUCAAGCGUUCCGUGAAGCGUGAAGAACCAUACACAAACUACUACAUUUGGCACCCGGGCGUAGAGGGCUCGAACGGUACCAGGGUACCACCAUCCAAUUGGAUUAGCGUAUUCCGAGGAUCUGCGUGGGAAUGGAACGAAGCCCGUGGAGAAUUCUACCUCCAUCAGUUUCUGAAGGAGCAACCAGAUCUUAACUAUCGCAAUCCAGCCGUGGUCGAAGAGAUGAAGAACGUUCUCCGCUACUGGUUGGACAAGGGAGUCUCCGGUUUCAGGAUUGAUGCCGUUCCCUAUCUUUUCGAGAGUGCCGAGAUAAAUGGUCGCUACAUUGACGAGCCAAAGAGCAAUGGAACCAGCGAUAACGAGAAUCCUGCCUAUCUCACACACUCUCAAACCAUGGACCAACCUGAAACUUACGAUAUGAUCUAUCAAUGGCGUGCAGUACUGGACGAAUACAGUGCCAGAGAUAAUAACACGAGAAUCAUGAUGACGGAAGGUUACACCAGUAUUGAAAAAGUAGUGGAGUUCUUCGGCAACAGUACAGCUAAUGGAGCCAACAUUCCGUUCAACUUCCAACUGAUCAGUAAUCUAAACAGAAACAGUACAGCAGCCGAUUUUGCCCAUUACGUAAGCGUGUGGCUCAAUGCCAAACCAGAUGGUAGACGAUCGAACUGGGUUCUUGGUAACCAUGAUAACAACCGGCUUGGAUCCAGGCUAGGCGAAAAGAAGAUCGAUUUGUACAAUAUUGCUCUGCAAACGUUGCCAGAUAUUGCCGUCACCUACUACGGGGAAGAAAUAGGCAUGGUGGACCAGUGGAUCUCUUGGGAGAGGACCGUUGAUCCAGCUGGUUGCGCUACUGACAACAAAACCUACACACUGUACUCACGAGAUCCCGCGCGUACUCCUAUGCAAUGGAACAAUGGAGUAAACGCCGGAUUCUCGAACGCUAGUGCAACUUGGCUCCCUGUUGCCAAUAACUACAGGGAUCUCAAUGUUGCCAAACAAGAACGAACUAGAAAGAGUCAUCUCAGUGUGUUCAAGGAAUUGACCAAGUUCCGCAAACACCCGAUGAUGUCCGAAGGAGAUUUUGAUAUGCGACUGAUCAACAAUCAGUUGGUCGCCUACAAACGCACUCUAGGGAAUGCAGGUUACGCGGUUGUUGUGCUAAACUUUGCUCAAAAAGCUCAGCGAAUUAACCUGCCCAGUGUGUAUGAGGGUAUAAGCCCGUGGAUGGUAGUAGCGGUUUCUCCGGUUCACAAUACUGGUGCCUUCGUUCAAACCGCAAGAUACACGCUAGCUGGAGAAAGCGGAAUUGUACUAGUUUAUCAACCAACAGGUAAAGGAAAGACCCCAAAGAAGCCUGGCAAACAUUAGAACGAGGGGUUCACCUAUGUUCGCGUUGAACAAUACGGACUUCAACAAUGGCUACGGCACCAUGCUUGUUAACUUUUAUUUGGGUUUUAACAAAAUGUUUCUAUAGAUUGGAGCGAUUUUCAAGCAUCGGGUAAACAUUGGCAAAUCAAGUACAAUAGGUCCAACUGUAAUAAAACACAAAAAAUGUAAUAAAAGUCCUUUGAAAUAAAUUCCAACAUAUUAAAAGUA